UAUAUAAACGGCCGAAAUUUCGAGAAGUGUACAAUUCAGAACUGUUUCUGCAGUCAGUUCUCUCCAAAAUUUCUACAGUGGAAAUUAAUAUUUAUCCAUUAUGCUCAAGGCACUCAUUUUCGUUUCCUUUGCUUUCCUGGUGCAUGCACAAUACCGUCAGGAUUAUAACGGUAUUCCCAACCCCUACCAAUUCAGUUACAGCUCGCAAGCUAUCGGUGGCGGUAGCUCCCACCAAGAAUCUGGAGACGGUAAUGGACGAGUAUCCGGAUCGUAUUCUGUGGUAGACGAAGAUGGUCGUUCAAGAACCGUAGAAUACGUUGCUGAUGAAUUGGGUUUCCGUCCAAAUAUCAUCACCAAUGAACCAGGCACUAGCAACCUAAGCCCUGCUGAUGUCACCGUCUCUUCCAGUGCCGAUGAUGGAUAUGGGGGAAUCCAAACUCUAGGAGCACCUCCUCGUCCAAUUGCAGACUUCGUUCCUGCAAGCCCACCUGUAGUACCUGUUCAACCAAGAGUUCAACUUGUACGCGUACCAGUUCCGUACUAGCUCAAACCUCAGUUCAUAUUGCAAUAAAGGCAACAGCAAUUGCCUUAAUGUUGAUGAAAGCAGCUUAGGAGCUUUGUUUCUCUCUGUCCUUGAAGUCUGCUGUAGUUUCUGGUUUCUAGUAGAUUUAUCUGCUGCUUUUAAGAAUUUUAUUCCUAUAUUCCGAUAUCUUCUAAGACUAUUCCAUAUUUAGCUUGAACCUGCGAAAGUAAAAGAAUUUUUCAAAAAUUCUCUCACCAAUGCUAUAGCUUUAGCCAUAAUUUUGCAAAACAUAUUCGAGUAAGUUUAACUUUACUUGAGGUUAUGCUAAAAAUACCUGAAUAACUAUCUCUUACUUCUAAUUUGAAUAACGCAUUGUGUCAUACAUUUGAAAUAUAAAUUUUCUAAGGAAUUAUUCUUACCAUGUGCCUUCGUGUGUGAUGGCUAAUGUAAGCAUGUAAUGUAAGCAUGUCUAGCUAGCAGUGGAGAGGUCAAGAGUUCGAAUCCCAUUAAGGACCUUGCGGAUUUUUCAUAUUUCCUAAGCCGAAACCUAAGGACGAAUAAAUGAAAAUAAACCUAAGGACCUAAAACGAAGUAAACCUAAGGACUCUGCAACUUUAACAACUUCAUAUUUUUCCUAGCCAGCUUGCUACAUUUUUAUUGCCUAUAUUUUCAUUGUGGAAGGAAUUACACUUCACUGUUGCACAAAAAUUACAGCAAAGUUGUAGUUUUAAAUUUGUGAAGACUCAUACAUUGGUCCGGCUGUUUGAUUCUCAUUUAUAAAUACCUUAACUAGCUAUUUUUAUUUUGCAUAAUAUAAAAGGAGGUAAAGAUAUCAUUGAAAUUUUAUGUUCGAAAUUAUUCGAUAAAUUUGAAAUUCGUUUAAAAUUUAACUUUUUGCAUAAUUUCAAUAUUGUAUUAAACACUUCGGUUAUGAAAUUCAGAUUAAAAAGCAUUUUUGAGAUGGUGAUAAAACUGAUUGUGUGCUAUUUAAUUGAAGAAUUUUUACUGAUAGAAACCAUACCUUUCUGAAUUUUAUAUUAAUAGAUAAAAUUCGAGGAAGGAUAACACCAUUAAUGAGAAGAAUUGAGGAUGUUAGUUGAACCGAUUUUAAUAUCUAUUGAUGGUGUAUAUAUGAACUUAUGAUAGAAUUUAUGUUUUAUUAAAAACUUAUCUUGAAUCUAUUCAGAAGAACAAGUCUGGCUUUAAAGAACUAGAAGUAUGUCUUGCAUGUUAUUAAAAUAUUUUUAAUGUUAUAUUAUUUCUUUCACACUGAAUAUGAAGCAGCGAUGAAUUACACAGUGUUUUGGAAAUUGUCUGGAGGAGCUUUUACUAUCUGUACCUGUUCCAUACUUUAUUGUAUCUCUGUUUUUAUUUGCAUGUUUGUUUCAAUUCAAUCUUUCGGUUAUGCUGCACAUUCAUCAACGUUUAUUUGCAUAGCUGUAUUAAUACAAUUAUCAAUAAAAUUAUAUUUAUUUAAUUGG